AUGACAUCUAUUGGUACUGGUUAUGAUCUUUCAAACUCGGUGUUUUCGCCCGAUGGCCGUAACUUUCAGGUGGAAUAUGCGGUCAAAGCCGUUGAGAAUGGGGGAACAGCCGUUGGCAUCAGAUGCAAAGAUGGUGUCGUACUGGCGGUGGAGAAGAUCAUCAGCAGCAAGCUUCUGAAGCCUGGUGCGAAUAAGAGGAUAGCAACAGUUGAUCGCCAUGUCGGCAUUGUCUCGGCGGGAUUAGUUCCCGACGGUCGGCAUUUCGUCUCGCGAGCUCGAGACGAGGCUUCCUCGUGGAGAAAUGUGUACAAGGGACCUAUACCAGUCUCCGCUCUAUCGAACCGGCUCGGCAGCUACGUACAGGCUUACACACUCUAUUCGAGCGUGAGGCCCUUUGGAGUAACUGCUAUUGUCGGAGGCUGGGACUCUGAAGCGGAGCUUGCGGUUGACGGUCAAGUUGGAAGCGGACCCAAAGCAGGUUCUGGCGGCAAGGUUGAGGGUGCAAAAGCCGGAGGUCCAGGCUUAUACAUGAUCGAGCCGAGUGGUUUGUAUUGGGGUUACUAUGGCGCCGCAACUGGAAAGGGCAGACAGGCGGCGAAGGCUGAGCUGGAGAAACUGGACCUAAGUGCCGGCAAUCUCAGUCUCAUUGAUGGCGUGAAAGAGGCAGCUCGCAUUAUCUACGUCGCCCAUGAAGACAGUAAGGACAAGGACUUUGAACUCGAAAUGACUUGGAUUAGUUCACUAGAUGGUCCAACGCAAGGUAGACACGAAGAGGUACCCAAGGAGCUGCUUGAAGAAGCCGAGCGGGCGGCAAAAGCGGCUCUCGAGGGAGAUGACGAGGAAGAUGAUGCGGCGAAGGGCGACGCUGUCGACAACGAACGCAUGCAAGAGUGA